CUUAGGUCUUGUUUUGGAAAUUGUAGUUCGAGGUCAGGUUGAGGUUAAGUGUUAAGUUAUGUCAUUGUCAAAUCAGAAAUCAUCUGAGUUAUGGAACAUUUUAAUUGCGUCGGUUCAUUUAGUCACAUCGUAAUGAAACACGUCACUAGCAAGGAAGAGCUACAGAAUUGCUGCCAUAGUUGCCACGAAAACCGGUGGCGAAUGCCUUACACAUGAUCAUUCGCCACAUGGUGUGGGAGAGCGCUGACGGAUUGCAUGAUGUGUCCAACGUUCGCCACAUGGCACGUUCGGGCUCUUGUCGGUAAAUUUGACCCACGUCAACGGACGUUACAACGUUGGAAGCAUAGUUCUGUACGCUUCCACACGAGAUGUCAUGUGUUUGGGUUUUAGGAUUACAUUGCUAAUAUUUUGUACGUUUCACAGGUAAGUUAUGGCUGGCCUAAGGAAUAUGUAUUUUAGUAAAUUGUGACUUAUCAAGUGUUUACAGUUGUUUCAUUAUAAUGUCCUGUUGCAAUGCAAGACUAGUUGAGAAAUAUAUUGACUUGCAUUUCAUAACUAACGAAAACGAUUAAAUAAAUUAUAAUGCUGCGUCGAACGUCCGAGACUAAAAAAUUCAUUCCAUCGUGUUGGAGACACACUUGCCAAUUGUGGGGUGUCGAACGUUGUAAGCACCACAACGUUGUAUACAAUGUUGGAAGCAUCGUGUGAGACCCGCAUACGGGAAGACUUUCAAGAAAGAACUAAAGUGCGUGACAGGCUUUGGAGUACCCAUCCACCAUCCAGCAUUCAAGAUUCAGUCUUAUGUGUUUUCUGCUUUAAGACAGCGUUCCUCUUGACAGGUGACUGUGUGUUGUCAAGACUCAAAACAAUUAUUUUCCGGUGUUUUUCUUUGUGGUAUCUGCUUUUCUCAAACAAGUGCUGUUCCAGAGAAAAAUCCGGAAAAUCAGUUUAUUCCAUUCUGAGAUAGAAACCGUCUCACACAGGACCAGGGCAUUACGAACGACAAUUCAGGGUAAUAAUGCUGUCAACAUAACAUGUAAACGACGUUUGUUUAAAUGUUUUGGUAAUAUUUGGAUGAAAUCUACUGCUUCACAAUGCAAGAAGAUCAUGUAUUUAUUACUCCAGUAAAACUGAUAAAGACCAUAGAUGAUAUGCCACAAUGGGAUAAGUCUGAAGCAUAUUAUGAGUACAUCGGAUUUAUUUACGCGAUUAAUGACGCUAUUAAGAACAAGAGUAAUUCUCAGGGCAGUGCUAAUUGUUCUGAAGAAAUCACCUCAUUGUGUAUGAUACUUGACACUUUGAGCAAGUGGAUCGAUGAAACCCCACCAAUACAACAGCCUCAGAGAUUUGGCAAUCAGGCUUUUAGAACUUGGUAUGAUCGUUUGAAAAAUGGUGCAAUUGAUCUAUUGCAGUCUGUAUUGCCAGAAAGCAAAUAUCGUUCUAUCCCAGAAAUCAUGAUAUACUUGAUAGAAGGGUUUGGUAACUCAACUCGGAUUGACUAUGGCACAGGUCAUGAAAUGUCAUUAAUCAUGUUUAUGUGCUGCUUAUUCAAAAUAAGUUUUUUGAAGGAAGAGGAUCUUGUUGCUGCAGCAUGUAAAUUUUUUGUGAAGUACUUAGAUGUGGUGAGGAAGUUACAAAUUACAUAUAGAAUGGAGCCAGCUGGAAGCCAUGGUGUCUGGAGUUUGGAUGACUUCCAGUUUGUGCCUUUCAUUUGGGGAAGUUCUCAACUUAUUGGAAAUCCUAAAUUUGAGCCAACAUCAUUCCUGAAAGAUGAAAUUGUAAAUACAUAUGCAGGGGAAUAUAUGUUCUUUGGAUGCAUCCAGUAUAUCAAUCAAGUGAAAAGUGGUCCUUUUGCUGAACAUUCAAACCAGUUAUGGAGCAUUAGUGGUGUUUCAGGUUGGGCCAAAAUAAACAGUGGCCUGAUAAAGAUGUAUAAGGCUGAGGUCUUGAAUAAAUUUCCAGUCAUCCAGCACGUCUAUUUCGGCUCGCUGUUCACUCUAAAACCUGUAGAACACAAAGCAAGCAUCAGGAGGCCUCGAAUUCCUAGCGCGGAUCUAGCGCCUCCAACAGCACAUGCCGCAAAUAGUACUGACAGCAUUAAAGAUCCGGAUGAAGCAUCCAAGUCAGCAAAAUCCCAAGACCAGUAGCUGUUACCAUCAUUUAUGUUUAUGGUCAUAUCAUGCGUUUCUGUGAAGUGCAGGCCUGGCGCAAACACUUUUUGAAGCAGGGGAUGGGCAUAUCCUACAAAACCUCAAAGUUUUAUAUAAAGUCAUGCUUUAUUAAAAUUUUAAGGUGCAACUAGAUUCUCAGGGAGGUGGAGCAUGGCUCUUCCUGGCAUCUCCCUGCGGGCUCCCAUGGUAGUAGUUGAGUUUCUGAUAUCAUUUUUGAAAUAAAAUUUAUGUGGCAUAUUAAUUUGAUUGCUGGAUCAUAACUUACUUGCCAACUCAUUGGUUGAUAAUUUAAAAGUGCAAGUAAUGGAUCCAGUAUGCUUCAGUGUUUGGAACAUAUGAUUAAUUAUUACCAUACUAAUUUAUGUUAGUUUUAUUUUGCUGUGUUAAAAUCAUGUGAUAUGUAACAAUCUUAAAAUAUAUCAACCAUUUUUAGCAUUAUCGUGUAUUAAUGUUUAUAUACACUACCGCUCAACAGUUUUGGGACAGUAGAUUUCUUGAGGGAAAUCAAACCAUCGAGUGUUUUUAAUCAAAAAAAUAAAAAAGACUUAUUUUCUUCU